UUGUUGUGGGACCGGUUUCAAAACGUCACCUUACCUGUCAAAUCAAACAGAAAUGACGCCGACUCCGUGUCGAGUCGAAGUUUUAAAUUUUAUACAGACAUAGCAACAAAUAUGAGUGAAAAAUUAAAGGAAUUACGCGAGCGCUCUCAAAAGAGAAAGAAACUUUUAGCACAAACUCUUGGUGUUUCGAGUGUGAGUGAGCUGAGGCAGGCUCUAGGGACCUCUAGCGAUGUGCCGGCGAAGAAGCAGGCGGUGUCGGAAGGCACGGAGGACAAGCCAACCAGCAAGGAACAAACAGAUGGCUUGGUGUACACAGACUCUUCCACUUUUCUUAAGGGCACCCAGUCCUCAAACCCCCACAAUGACUACUGCCAGCACUUCGUAGACACCGGCCAGCGGCCGCAGAACUUCAUCCGAGAUGUGGGGCUUGCAGACCGCUUCGAGGAGUACCCGAAGCUGCGGGAGCUCAUCAAGUUGAAGGAUGACUUGAUCGCUCAGACUGCGACACCGCCUAUGUACUUGAAGUGUGAUUUGAAGACAUUUGACCUAAAGCAGAUGGGCAGCAAGUUCGACGUGGUACUAGUAGAACCACCACUAGGCUCCGGCUGGCGCUGGCCUGACGUGCUUGCGUUGGACCUGCAGCAGAUAGCUCAGCCGCGGUCCUUCGUAUUCUUGUGGUGCGGGAGCUCGGAAGGGCUUGACAUGGGCCGCGAAUGCCUCAAGAAAUGGGGCUUCCGCCGCUGCGAGGAUAUCUGCUGGAUCAAAACCAACAUCAACAACCCCGGGCACUCCAAGAACUUAGAACACAAUGCCGUGUUCCAACGCACCAAGGAACACUGCCUCAUGGGCAUCAAGGGAACCGUCCGAAGGUCUUCGGACGGAGACUUUAUUCAUGCUAAUGUGGAUAUCGAUCUGAUUAUAUCUGAGGACCCGGAGUUUGGGAGUACGGAGAAACCUAUCGAGAUAUUUCAUAUUAUGGAGCAUUUCUGUUUGGGACGGAGAAGAAUCCACCUGUUCGGUCGCGACUCGACCAUCCGUCCGGGCUGGGUGACGGUUGGCCACGAGUUGACCAACUCCAAUUUCAACGCGGAGCUGUACGCGGCCAACUUCGCGGGGGGGGGCGACUCCACGGGCUGCACGGAGCGCAUCGAGGCGCUGCGGCCCAAGAGCCCGCCCGGCACCGGCAAGGCGAGGCCGAGGGGCCGCGGCGGGUUCAGGGGCCGGGGCCGCGGCCGGGGCGGCUUGUAGGAC